UCUGUCGUCCUUUUACCAAACUAUAAAACAGGCAUACAUUUUGAAAUCUGUAUAGUGCAACUGAAGUUAAAGAAAACUAGUGACAAUGAAGGCUGUAGUAAUAUUUAGCUGUCUGUUCGUCACAGUAUGUGGAAUGGGUAUUCAAAAGAGAGAUGCCGAUCUUGGAGAAAUAAAUAGUGACAAUGAUGAUUUAGCCAUUGAUUCCCUAAUGAAUUAUCUCAGGAAAAGGUGGAGUAUAGGCAGUGGCAACAAAGGAAAUAAUAACCAAGCAAACAACAACAACAACAUUGGUAAUUCGCAUGUAGAAAAUAAUAAAGAUACACAUGUAGCGGGUUUCGGGAAUAUCGGAGACUUUGGAAAAAAACGUAGCUGGUCAAAUGAGGAUAAAAGAUGGGAUAUAGGAAGUGGCAACAAAGGAGAUGGUAAUCAAGCAAACAACAACCAAAAUAUCGGUAAUUCGCAUGUAGAAAAUAAUAAAAAUACACAUGUAGCGGGAAUAGGCAAUAUGGGAGAUUUUGGAAAAAAACGAAGCUGGUCAAAUGAGGAUAAAAGAUGGGAUAUAGGCAGUGGCAACAAAGGUAAUGGUAAUCAAGCAAACAACAACAACGACAUCGGUAAUUCUCAUGUUGAAAAUAAUAAAAAUACACAUGUAGCGGGAAUAGGCAAUAUGGGAGACUUUGGAAGGAAACGUGACUGGAAUAUUGGAAGUGGAAAUACAGGCAAUCAUAAUUCUGCAAAUGGCAAUAGUAACAUCGGCAAUAGCGAGAAGUAUGAUGACAAGAAUACAAAUGUAUAUGGCGUCGGAAAUAUCGGAGACUUUGGAAGAAAACGUGACUGGUCUUAUGAAGGUAAACGAUGGAGUAUAGGAAGUGGCAACAAAGGGAAUGGUAACACUGCAAAUGACAACAGCAACAUAGGUAAUUCGUAUGAAGAAAAUAAUAAAGAUACAAAUGUUAUAGGAGCUGGAAAUUUCGGAAACUUUGAUGGGAAACGAUAAAUAAGGUUAAGAAGAGAAGAAAGGACAUUAACACAAGUCACCUUUUGUUUUGCGUGAGAUGUGAAUAUAUCAUAUAUUACUAAACAAUUUGCAUGUACACCACGUUCAUCAUAUGUAGAUACUCUAACAGAAAUAUUUUAGAUUUAUGUUUUAUAUUAUAACGUAUAUUUUUAGUAAAUAAAGUGUUAGUAUUUCCCGAAUCGAUUUGUCUUCAUAAAGAACACUAUCUUUUUCAAUGAUUUUACGGUAUUUCAUUGUGUCCACUUUUUAUUCAACAGUAGUAAUUUCCCUACUCAAUAAGAUAUAGAGCAUAACGUGUGUAAUACGAUUGAGAUGUCAGAUAUGGCUAUGAAAUAUUUUUAUAAAAGGUAACCCAAGAAAAGAGCAACUGCAAUCCAUUUUAAAGUAAAAUGACAGUUUUAAAUCUGUAAAUGUUUUCAUUAUUACGAUAAAUCUUUAAUAUUUGUUAAUUCUACGGAUACUUGAGUUUAUUUUAUUACACAGAUCAAUCAUGUGAGUAAAAAUGUCAAAUGUGUGCGCAAUUGCAUGUACAUCAAUAGUAAUUGCUUCUCGAUUAGAAAUCAAUACACACUUGUCAAUUUUGAAAUUAAAAGUUUUUUAUGAAAUAAAAGAAAAAGUUGUUCUCAAUUGUGUAUUUAUUCAAACAAAGAUAUUGCCCAUCCAAAGCCAAUAUUAUUUUCAUUUGUCUCUUUCCUUUAAAAUGUUAAUUGCAUUAUGGAAUAAUAAGAUGAUUGUUUUUUAUUUCUUGAAACUACAGGCAAAAUGUUGAAAAUUAAAGGAGAAUUGGAACAUAA